UCGCACUUUACCCACCUCCCACCUUAUCCCCUUUCAAAUCGGUGGCCUUCUCUCCUCAAAUCGGUGGCCUUCUCUCCUCAAAUCCUUUCGUCCUCCAUAUGGAAGAGGAAUCAAUCACUCCUUCGAACCAUGGAACUCUCCUUUCCUCUGUGUCAUCUUCUAAUUCCAACAUGGAACCCCAUCCCUCUUCCGAUGUACACCCACAUCCGUCCAACCCUAGCCCGUCUGAUUUCAACCAAGCCGUGGUCAAAGUUUCCGAACAAUAUCCUCUCCUAGCCACUGCCGAUGAAGAUGAGCCUGAGGGUGCAUGCGGGUGGAAUGAAUCGGAAACGGGUCUAGCUUGGAAGGGAAGACACAUCUAUGCCUCCCACUACGACGAAUUUGAGGGUGCAUGCGGGUGGACAUCAUCGGAAACGGAUCCGGGUUGGAAACGAAGAAGGAGGUAUGGCUCUCACUUCGACGAGUCUCCUGAAUCGGUGGAAGAAGGCGAGGAGGUCAACUCCUUUGAUUGUCUAUUCCCAGAUCUGUACAUUGACAUAUUUCAGGACACUCCAUAGGGGAAGUAUCUAUUGCUAAAAUUAUGAUUUUUUUUAUUUACAAUGAUGUUGGCCUUUGAUGUGGUUAUCUGGUUAUCGGUUCUGUAAAAUCCGAAGUAUGCAAAUGUAGAUGCCUUUUUACAUGUGCUUCCCGCUUUUCUGUAAUGGUAUUUGUAGUACUCCUUACUAAUGAUGAUGGAGUAUCACUAAAAUUUAUUGAUUUUUCGAGAAUAUGACUACUUAUGUUUUAUUGUGUAGAACAUGACCAAAUUGAAUAUGAAAGGCAUGUGACAUCAAGUAGGAACAAUCAAUAGAGAUAACUACUUUAUUUGGCUAGAAGUAGGAGGUGAGUAUUUGUAACACCCCGGCUCCGUAGGCCCCGAGGUAGUUACUUCUGACCUCUAGUACUGUCCUCACAAACCGUCAUUAGCCUUUUCCGCGCACUUUGUCCUCACUCG